AUGUCGGACAAUGGUGGCUACGCUGGUCUUACCCCCUCACCUUCAGAUGCCAAUAGUUGUGACUCUCCCGUCAAUUCACCCUUGCCAACUUCAACGCCGCAGGACUCGUCUGCACACUCGGUAAGGCGUCCCUCCAACGCACGAGGUGAGUUGUGCCACUCUUGUUUUCUGCCUGCAUGGACGGUAACCCUCGGUUCGCUGCGGUUAUGCCUAGAAGAGCUGUAUAUCAUUGCUUGGAGUGUCAGCUUGCUUGUUUUUCCGCCAGUCUUGCUUCUCUUCCCCUCAGACAUGGCUCCAGCUCGCGAUGGCCAUCACCCCACCUAUACUCCUCCACGCCAAGCCUGCGCCGCUGACUGA